CGCUGCCGCUGACCCGGACGGCGCGGUCUCCGGCGGUCGAUUCGCCGCCACGCAACGCAACCCUCCCUCCCUCCCUCCGCCGCCGGUCAAACCUCCGCCCCGCCGCCCCCCACCCGAGCAGCGGCUCACGCACACACAUCCUCCUCACCAACCCACCCGCACCGCCGCUGACGCGUGGGCCCCCGAGCCCACCUGCCAGCAGAGGCCGGUGGCGCCAACGAUAUACUAGUAUAAAAUAUAUUCAGCUCGUCGGCGUCGUCGUUUACCAGUCGCCUCGCCUCUCGGCGUCCCGGUCGUCGGUCUCCGCUGCCUCUCUCUCUUCUCUCUUGCCCUACUCUACUACUACUACCAGCAGCACACGGUUUCCGUGACCGGAGCGCGCAGCAGCCGCCCACCUAAAGGCUAAAGAUCCGAUCAAAUCGAAGAGACUUAAUAUACCUUCUUUUUUUUUCUUGAGAGGAAUAUUUUUUUUUCGCUUUACCAUUUCUUCGUCCCUGGGGGAUUUUCGGGGGGAUUCUGAGGAGCAAGAAGCAUUCGGCCGCGGCGGGGGUCCGGCGCUAAGCUCGAGAGAUUCUUCUCCGUUUGGAUUGCACUUGUCAGAGUAAAAGGGCUAAGGACACUAUGCUAAUUUAAGACAUCUCAUCCAAAUGAGGCGCACCACACUUCUUUGUUGGCAAACUGAAAUCAGAUAGCAUUCUGGUAGCCACUAAACCUACAGGGAUGUUUCUUGUGUGUUUUGAAGCCAUGUGCCCCUGUUUUGGUUCAAGAAGGAAGGAUGGGAGCGAAGACCCUGUUCUUGGAAGGGAUGGAAAUUCCUUGAAUUCUUCUGAGCUGAGGUCAAUGUCUGAUAGAGUUCCUCCAAGCCCUCUUCGAGUACCUGCAAGUCCAUCUAGAUUUUCAUUGUCUUCAUCACCAAGUAGAAAUGAGCCAUUGAACCUGAGUCUUGAACAAGUUAUUAAACUGACACAUAACUUUGCACCAGACCUGAUGAUUGGUGAAGGUUAUUUUGGAAAGGUCUACAGAGCACAGCUGCGAGAUGGCCACAUUGUGGCAAUUAAAAGGGCAAAAAUGGAACAUUUUGCCUCUUUACGGGCCGAAUUCAGUAAUGAAAUUGCAUUACUAAAAAAAAUUGAACACAGGAAUUUGGUCCAAUUACUUGGUUAUAUCGACAAAAGAAAUGAACGAAUCGUCAUAACUGAGUAUGUUCCAAACGGCACUCUUAGGGAGCAUCUAGAUGGUCAACGUGGGCUUGUUUUAAGCUUUAAUCAGCGGCUUGAAAUAGCUAUAGAUGUUGCUCAUGGGUUAACUUAUUUGCAUCUAUAUGCAGAGAAGCCCAUAAUACACAGGGAUGUGAAGUCAUCAAACAUUCUACUAAAUGAAGGCUUCAGGGCCAAAGUGGCCGACUUUGGAUUUGCAAGGACUGGUCCUACAGAGCCAGACCAGUCACAGAUUCAGACUGAUGUGAGAGGAACAGCUGGCUAUGUAGAUCCAGAGUAUCUCAGGACAAACCAUCUGACAGUCAAGAGUGAUGUAUUCUCUUAUGGAGUUUUGCUCCUGGAAAUUCUUUCUGGUCGUCGUCCUAUUGAGGUCAGGAGAGCUGCAAGAGAAAGGAUCACCGUGAGAUGGGCCUUCGAGAAAUACAACAGAGGUGAUGUUAAGGAAAUAUUGGAUCCAAUGUUGACCGAGUCAGUAAAUGAGGAUAUACUGAAUAAGAUUUUCGAUGUAGCAUUCCAAUGUGUUGCUCCUACUCGUGCUGACAGGCCAACAAUGAAAGAAGUUGCAGAGAGGCUGUGGAAGAUAAGAAGGGAUUAUGCAAAAACCCAACGCAGAGCAGAAAUGGCUCUGUAAACCAUCUGAUCCUAGCUUCUGCUUUUACUCGAGAGAGCAUUUGGUGAACUCACCAGUGUCCAGCAAAGAUCCACAAAAACAAGUUCAGUUUUGCGAAUCGGGACAACUAAAAUCUAUACAUGGUUGCAGGAUUAUUAUAUGCGCUGUACAUGGACUUGCAUGUUUAAAAGAUCAAUAUGAUGUACACCGACAUGUGAAUCGAAGUUUUCCCCAUAUAGCCUUUUUGCUCUAUCCAAGCUUUCAGUAAUUUGUGUCUCAAGGAAGUGUGAAUGGUCUUGUUUUGAAGCCUUUCAACACUCAACAGUUCUUGAUACAGCUUUCCGUUCUUGUGUAUAUUUUGCUGGUCCUCCUAGUGGUACAGCUGAUCUUUUUGUCAUGUUCAGUGUUGCUCAUGAUGUGAGGUGUUUUUAAGUGUAAUUAUGGCUUUUGGGAUGCUAUGUUGUAUUCGUGUGCUGUAACCAGAUCUUAAGGCAAUGGAUGUGCAUUAAUUGUGAUUUUU